UUUUUGCAAAAAUGUGAAGUGAUUGUGUUGUGACGUUGUCUGUGAUUUGUGAUUUGGAUAUUUUAAUCGUGAUGUAACAUGGCGCUGAAGUUGAAAUACAGCGACGAACACGGCAUCCUCCAGAUCGACAUGACCCCAUCCCCUAUAGACCCCACCGAGUCCACCCCCACAAACCCCCAAUUCGAUACAAUCAACAACCGCUUCGGCCAAUACGAUCUAUUCGGCGCCAAAUAUGACAGUACCGAUCUACCUUUACAGUACGACAGCGGGGAUAUUCCUUUACAUGGGAGCGUACUCGGAAAAUAUGGGGACGGUAUCGGAAAAUAUGGGGACAGUAUCGGAAAAUAUGGGGAUAAUUUCAGAAAAUAUGGGGAUAAUUUCGGCAAACUUGGGGAUGAUCUCGGGAAAUAUGGGGACGAUCUCGGAAAGUUUGACGCGCUCGGAAAACACGACAGUGCGAACGCACACAAUAGAAGUGGGGACGGCAGUUCGCUGUUUCGCAGUCGGUACAACAGUUUGGAAGAGGAGUUGGCUAACACGCCUUAUGCGUUCGCGACGGAACGGACUUUCGAUCCCAUACUCGACAUAACGAUCGACAGUGAUCUAUUCGGCCCUAAGACUGAUAACUUCUCGAUAACACAGUUGAUCCACGCGCAGGAUCGAUACUACGAUCUAUCGUCGAAAGAUCUAAAUAGAUCCAAAGAUCAAGGGGUGGGAAAGGUGAAAAGUGCGCCGUGUUCUGCGAAGGGUGCGAAAGAUGCCUUCAGAGUGUUGUCACAAGAAAACCUAAGGAGUGAAUCGCCGAAGAAGAAUUUACCACCGGCACCAACAUCCAAACGGAAAAAGGAGACAUCCUUCGCGAUCCUAGCGGAGCCCCCGCCCGCUUCCCGGCCCACCAGCCCCCGGUCACUGCCUGUGGAGAGGACCGGCAGAGUGUCACCUUUUAAAGGUCGAGGCUUCAGAGAAGAGACUUCAAGACAUACAACACCGAAAACCAGUGCCACCAACUCCAGAAACAACUCCCCACCACGGAGAACGAAGUCUCUGACCAGGAUAGACAAGAUGGCGCAGGCAGCCACCAUGCUCCCACCGCCACCAGCACACAAACCCAGGGACUUCCUCAAAGAAAACAUGGAGGAAGUCAGAGAACUCAGUGAACUCAACAGAGAGAAGCACGAAGCAGCGGCAGAGAAGAGAAAACAGGAGGAGGAGAUAGCGCUGCUCAAAGAAAUGGGGAUUCUGGAUAAGAAAGGAGAGAUCAGAAGUGUGAGUCAUUCGAGAACAAAUUCUAGAAGUAAUUCGCCUAGUAGAUUCAUUUUAAGGUCUAGAUCUAAUUCGCCGUCUGCUGUUCUAUUAGAUAACCUAACCAGUAAUGUAGAACCUACGAACCAAGAUGAUGGAACUGUUAAAAGAGUUACACAUAACUCACGAGUGAGAUCUGUUUCAAAAUCACUACCACAAUCUGGCAAUGGAUCGCCGCAGCAUUCUAAGAUACCUAAACGUCAAGGAUCCGUAUCCCCAGCGAGAAAUGGUACAAAAACUGCCAUUGAUUCAAAAUUGAAACCAAAACAGCGUGUCAUGUCUAGCAGUACGAGUAACUUGAAUGAGACAAUAAGAAUAGGAAGCCAGGUUCACGAUAAAAGAGCUUCUCAGAGUACACAACAGCUCAGUCUAUCUCCCUCUAACAUUAAAGGCAAGCCUCCAAUUUCACCAGGCAGAAGUGGUCCUCCACCUACAAAUAAAUCUAUAAAUGCUAAAAGAUUAUCGCCUAUAGUCGGUACUCCAAACAAAAGUCCUGUACAAGACUCUAAGCCAAGUUCAGCAAAGACACCAACGAAGCCCGUAACUACAGCAGCUAAGAAGCCAGCAAAGACAGUUGGUAGUACACCGGCUACGUCAAAGUUAAACUCUCGAACAACGAGUAGAGUUGCUAGUAGAGACACGAGUCCAGAAAAGCGAAAGACUCUUCCAAGAACGACCAAACCUGGUAAUGCAAUUCAGAAGAGUGUAAGUAGAACUCCCAGCACAAAGGCUGCACAAAAACCUCCGGUGGUAAGUAAGGUUGAACCUAAAAAGCCAAUCAGCCGAACCAAUAGUGUUAAAAGUCUUACUAGAGCGCCCAGUACCAAGAGUCUCAAUGAAAAACCUCCACUAAGUAAAAAGGGUAGCAAAAAAGAUCUGAAGGAAAAAGCAAAAGAACCAACUGUAAAUGGACACACCAAAGAAGACAGUACGAAAAAAGACAUGAAAGGAAGUUCCGAAGACUUAAAAAAUAAUAACACAAAAGAAAGCCCGAAAGAUAAACCUGAAAUGAAACGACAAGAUUCAGUAACCCAAACUCCAGAAUAUGAAACUCAGUAUGACAAAAUGAUGAACGAAAAGGGAGAUUUAGUGAUAAUGACGAAGAAAAGUGUAGUCUCCAUGACAACAGCUGCAAUAACAUCGCAACCUUUAGAAGUAGUUACGACUGUUACUAACCAACUACCAGCAGCCCUAGAAAAAGCAAGAGAAAAAAGAAUUUUUGAGAGACUAAGUUCGAAAGAUUCUAUCACAGGACCAACCGAAGAAAGCGAAGAAAAAACAGCAGAGACUAAGCCUGCUGUUACUACUACAAAAGCUGAAGUGGAGGAUAAAAUGGAAAAGAUCGACAAAGAUGAUAAGAAACCGCCUAAACCGAAGACUUUAGACAAGACUCUAUUCUGCGAAGAUAAUGUUAAGCUUAAGCUAUUGCAACCCCCAUACAACAAUCCCCAAGUUGAAAAAGUAAGGCAAAAGAUAGACAGCAUACUAAAAGAGCCAGAAAUAUCAACAGAAAACAUUCUAUCUACAACAAAAGCGAAGGAAAAGGAACUAAAAGCUGCUGCUGAAAAGGUCAAAUCAGAUCUUAAAGAAGUCAAAAAAGAAGCAGACAAAAAGAUAGCUGAUGCUAAAGAAUCUGCAGCUAAAGAAAGCGAAAAGAUUGCUAGCGAUGCCAAAAUAGAAGCUGCCAAGAUUCUAGAAGCAGUCAUCCCGAUCGAAACACCACAUCCGAAAGUAGAAGAGAAAAAAGAAACCGUAGAAGCAUCCGUGACUGUUGUGAAUGAGAAGGCAAAAGAAAUAGAGAAGAUGACAGAAACGCUGGUGCAGGGAGGUCCAGAGGUAGAAGUCCAGAGCUCCAACGUGUCGACACCUGGAGACGUGCAGAAGAUGGAGAACGGAUCAGAAAAGUCGCAGAGUAAUGGCGGGUUUCCCCAAAGCACAAGCACCACUCCAAAACCACCGCCCCGCAACCGCUCAGCCAAGAGUCCCACACCACAGAAGCAUGAGGAGAAGAAACCCAACCUCUGCUCCCGACUGGUGGGGAAAUGCAAGAAGUCCUGCACCUGCUGCGGUGGCGCUGAUGAUGAUGACGUGGUGGAGAAGAAGAAGACCUUCUGGAGCAGAAUGAAGAUGCAGAAGAAGAUGGCGGAUGACGACGUCGAGAGGGCUGCUGGAAAGGGCUCAACGCUCGAGUACGAAACCGAAACGCGCCGCAAGAGAAAACUGCGCGACAUAAUCUGCUGCCGGCGACAGCGCGUCGCCGACAUUCCCGAGCCGCAUCCCGUCGCGUCGGUCGACGCGUCGGCGCCCGUCGCGUCCGAUAUGUCGGAUGCUGUGGAGCAGACCGGGUGCUGCGGAAAAAGAAGAGAGGCGGAGAGAAGAGAUAGUAUACUGAGUGAUCAACCUAAUGUGUGCUGUAACAACCGCCUCGGACGGUGGAUCCGCGGCGCUUGCAGGCGACAGUCGGAGGAGUCCAGUAGAAGAACCAGUUUAUUCAGCAAGAACAAGAGCCUUUCCCCUACACUGCCACCAGAGGAUACCCGUAAGAAGCUCGAUCCCAGCUUGAUAGAACACACCAGCGUCAUGCGCGGAGCCAUCCCCGUGCUGCCGGCCGUUCUGGCUUACUUCUGUUUGUUCUGCAACGUCAUUGUGCCUGGGCUUGGUACAAUAUUCAGCGGCCUGUUCUGCCUGUGCUUCGGUAUACCGCGCUUCGGCAUCCAUGAUGGAGCCAAACAUAGGAUAGGCUCGUUCAUCAUCAACACGGUGGUGGGUGUGGGUCAGCUGUUCACGGUGCUGUUCUGCCUGGUUGGCUGGGGCUGGAGCAUCUGGUGGGGCGUCAUCAUGGUGCGGAUAUCGCGUAAAUACAGAAAACUAAAGGCGGAAGCCGAAGCCGAAGAGGCGGAGGCGCCGCCCGUCACCGCCAACAACCACACGCGGGCGUAGCAUCGUGGGCGCAGUUGAGGUUGACCACGAGUUUGAUCACGACUCAUUAAUACUUGUAGAAGUCUUUGAUCACGACUUAUUAACACUUGCGGAAUGCAGCGACGUUUUUGCCACGUAUUUUUUUUAUAAACCUGCGCAGUUGAGGUUGACCAUGAGUUGUUAACACUUACAGAAGUACUUGGCGCGACGUAUACGGUAUAUACCAAUAUAAAAUCUUGAAAAACCUGUGCAGUUGAGGUAGAGCACGAGUUUAAUCAUGUCUCGUUAAUACUUGCAGGAGUUGGUGCGACGUAUUCGCCACUGUAUUUUUUUUAAACCUGCACAGUUGAGGUUGACCACGAGUUUGAUCACGUCUCGUUAACACUUGCGGAAAUCGCUUGAUACGGCGUAUGUGUCACUGUAAAAUUUUAAUAACGUCUGGAUUGAAAUAAACGGUUAUACCGAGAGCAAAAUUAACAAAGUGUAUGAUAAUAAACAUGAAAGUGAAGAAUUUUAAAACCACCAAAACACUGUUAGUAAACGCUUUCAAAGACAGGCUGCUUGUUACAACUCAAGUGACAAUUCUGGCAAAAUAUACAUUUAAAAUUGAAUUUUAAAAUUUGAAAGGAA